AGAACAGUAUGAUACUAAAGAAAGAAAGAAAGAAAGAAAGAAAGAAAGAAAGAAAAAAAAGUAGAACCAAAAUGGGAAAUGUCCAUGCUGUUAUUCUCUUCUCUUGCUUUCUUCUCCUUCAAACUAUUAACGACGUUAACGCCGCUUGUGAAGGCAGCUUGUUCGCCGUUAACAGCACUUACAGCGAAAACCUCAACUCUCUUUUCUCUUCUCUUGCAAGCAACAUCAUCGCCAACGACGGUUUCUACAACACUUCAAUAGGAGAAGGCUCCAACAAAAUUUAUGGUCUUGCCCUUUGUGGCCGAGGCUACGAGAAGCAACCUUGUCUGAAUUGCGUGGAGCAAGCGAUUCAAGAAUCACAACAAAGAUGUCCAAAUCGAAUGAAGUCUUUCAGGUGGACAACCAGAGACAAUGACAAUGCUUCUUGCCUUGUACGUUACGCUAAUCACUCUGUUUUCCAGAAACUCGAGAUUUGGCCACCUACUUUGUCAGAUAAUCCUUUGUUAAUAGAGCCACCUAAGAGCAUCACGCUUUUUCGACCAGAAUGGGAAGCAUUGGUCAACCUAACAAUGCAGUCUGCUACUUCAGCUCCUGACAAUUCCUCGGCUAUGCUCAAGUUCUAUAGUGUCAUAAGAGCAGAGUUCACAGAAUUUUCAGAUGUUUACAUGAUGAUGCAGUGUACUCCCGACAUUUUGUCUAGUGAGUGUACCAAAUGUCUUAGACAGUGUGUGUUGAACUUUCAAAACAAUAACUGGGGAAGCCAAGGCGGUGCGGGUCGGCUUCCGAGCUGUUAUUUCCGGUGGGAUCUUUAUCCUAUUACUGGAUCUUCUGAGAAUAUGACAAGAGUGUCUAUGAUUAGCCGUGCCUCGAGUCUUCCCCAAGGAGAUCCUGAGUUAAAACCUGGAAAUGACAAGAAAGGAAAAAGGAUUCGGAAUGCAACUAUCGUGAUAAUUGUGUUACCAACCGUUAUUAACCUCGUUGUUUUUGUUGGUCUCAUCAUCGUCUUUAAUCGGAGGAAAAAUGCUACAAGAAAAACAUCAUUAAUGGUAAGCUGUUUGUUUGCUUCAGUGAAGCUAAAUUUUUGUAGGGUAAUGGUUUUGAAUUUAGAUGUUGAUAAAGAGAAGCGUUCGUUUCUUACAUGGGACGUAAGGUUCAAAAUUAUUGAAGGCGUUGCGCGAGGUCUUGUUUAUCUCCAUGAAGAUUCUCAGCUGAAGAUUAUCCACCGAGACUUGAAGGCAAGCAACAUCCUUUUAGACGCUGAGAUGAACCCUAAAGUUGCAGACUUUGGGACAGCGAGGUUGUUCGACACUGACGAGACUCGAGCUGAAACAAGACGAAUAGCUGGAACCCGUGGAUAUAUGGCUCCGGAAUACCUAAAUCGCGGGCAAAUCUCAGUUAAAUCUGACGUUUUCAGCUUCGGUGUUGUGCUUCUAGAGAUGAUAAGUGGGGAAAGAAACAAUAGCUUUGAAGGAGAAGGACUUGCAGCUUUUGCAUGGAAGAGAUGGGUUGAAAGAAGACCUGAGGUUGUAAUCGAUCCUUUCCUGACAGAAAAUCCGAGAGACGAGAUUAUAAAGUUGAUUCAGAUUGGAUUAUUGUGUGUUCAAGAGGAUGCAGCAAAGAGACCAACCAUGAGCUCUGUAAUAGUUUGGCUUGGUAGUGAUACUAUCACCAUUCCUUUACCUAAGGCUCCUGCUUUCACCAGAAAUCAAUCUCAAUCUGAAAAUGGUACAAUGUCAAUGAGCAAGGUCUUCACGGAGUUAAGUUGUCGUUGAGUUGUAAAUUUGUUAAGCAAAACCAUGUAUCUAAGGUAGAGAAAUCUUGUGACAG